GGACAGGGGCGUACGGGCUGUCAAAAUUGUAUAGGUACCUAUCGAUUGUGCAAUAAAUUCGUAUUUUAACAUGAUAAUUUAAUAAAGUGCGUUUGUUUUUUAUGUAGCCGUAAGUAGUCAAUGUUUAAAUAUAAAAUGAAGUGAGAUAUAUCUGUGGCAUCAGAAAUAUCGUGAAUGAAUUUAAUAAAAUAGUGAGCUCUUGGGUUUUUUCUUGUUUGUUGUGAAAACAAGAGAAACGAUGGUGGAGAACGGAGCCUCCAGUGGGGGUAGUGACAGCCCCAGUGCAACAUGUUCACGUUCAGGCCUGCUGGAGACGCUAGUGCGCGGUGUCUGGUAUCGUGUGCAUUGUACGCUGGAAGAGGAUUACUUGAGCGUGUGUCUCGAUGAUGGGUACGAUGCGACGACCACGUUGAACGGCACCUUGAAUAACAACAACGUGGAAACUCCAAACAGUGAUUUCACGGAAGUUCCAGAAGCUAUUGCGAAUCAGAAACGUUUAGUACAAGUGGUUAAGUCAGACAAUAAUGGUUUGGGAAUAUCAAUAAAAGGUGGCAUAGAAAAUAAUAUGCCUAUACUAAUAUCAAAGAUAUUCAAGGGCAUGGCAGCUGAUCUUACAGAACAGUUAUAUGUUGGUGAUGCUAUACUAUCUGUGAAUGGCGAGGACCUGAAGGAUGCCACACAUGAGGAGGCAGUGAAAGCAUUGAAAAGAGCUGGGAAAAUGGUGCAGUUGGAAGUUAAGUACCUCCGUGAGGUGACUCCGUACUUCAGGAAGGCGUCAAUCAUCAGUGAAGUAGGGUGGGAGUUGCAGCGAGGUUUCAUGGCAGAUGUACCACCUUCACCUCCAUCACCACGUCGCCGGCGCGCCGACACUCGCUAUGUACCCUUGUUGAUGGCAUGCAUCGCCAAAAACUUACGUCAUCGAGAUCCAGAGGAGAGAACAAUCGAGAUUUACUCUCCGGACGGCGUGCACGCCCUAGCGUUGCGAGCGAGCAGUGCUCAGGGCGCGACGGGCUGGCACCGCGCCCUGCACGCCGCCGUGCGCCGGGCGGCGCGGGCCGCGCUCGCCCGCGCCAGGCCUCGCCUGCGCCCGCUACUGGGAGAUGUACGGUACGCCGGCUGGCUGGCUAGGCGACCUCCACAGGAUCAUAUGAGUGCAUCUGGUGGUUCAGACAGCUCCGACGAGGCAGAUGGCUGGCAACCCACUUUUGUUGCUAUUACCGACCGCGAAAUUAGGUUGUACGAGGCAGCACCCUGGUCUGGCGAAGCGUGGUGUGCCCCCGCAGAGUGUUUCGGUUUAGCGGCCACUCGACUGGCAUGGUGGCGGCGCGCGGCGGGCGGGGCCGCGGCCCUAGGGCUCCGCGCCGGGACACCGGCCGGCCUCGCCGUGCGGGCGCUUAGGGCUGAUACUCCGCACGACCUGGCCGCCGUGGCCGGGGCACUAGUCGACGGAGCGCACCAUGCCGUGCGAGCCAUGCCUGAGUUUACGUUCCGCUGUCGUUUCCGCGGCGCGUGCGCGCGCCUGUCGCUGGGCGCGGGCGGCGUGUGCGUGUGGGAGGCGGCGGGGUCGCUGGGCCGCGGCGGCGCGCGCGCCCUCUACCGCCGCCCGCUGCACGCCCUGCGCGCCUCCGCCGACGACGACCGCUCCGCGCUCUGGCUACACUUCGCCGACGACGACACUGUCGAGCUGGACAUGGAGGGCAGCCCGAAGCCUGCAGUGUUCAUCCUGCACAACUUGCUGUCGGCGCGCGUGCACUCGCUGGGCGGCGCGGAGCCGACCUCGCCGCCGCUAUAGCCCGCGCCCGCGGCCGCGCCCGCCGAGCCCGGGCCACUACAUUACGCGGCCUAAUCUCUCCUCUCAAUUUUCCCUUAGGACUGACGUCGCAUCUCUAUAUUGAUCGCGACUGUUAUUGUACUACACCCAUGAACGUGGCGGAAUGCUAAAUAUUUCAACCCGAAUGUUACCUUUUACAGUGGCAGCGAAGAGUUUUACUUCGAAUUUUUAUGUGAUUUUUCACAACUAAAUCGUUAAAUAUGAUAUGAAUUUAAUGUGAGAAUGCACAUAAAUACACCACGAUUUGUAAUGUGAGUCAGCUGUAGGAUUCUUUGGAAUAUCUCUUGUAAUUGUAACUAUUGUAUCACCCUUCCUAGUGUUAUGUUAACAUGUAUAAGAGUAGUAGUUCCCACAUAGCAUCUUUCUCAUCGAAUCUCUUGUAACUGACGUAUCUGUGAUGUUAACAAUUUAUCAUGAUCCCUUCAUAUCUGCCCCGUAUCAAUAGUAAUAUUUUGUAACUUAUUUAGUGACUGAUGUAGUUCAUAGAACUAUUUUACAAUGGAAGCCAGUGAUGAUUACAUAUUAAAAGCACCAUUUGUCUCACUAAUGAAGCCAGUUAAGUGAAGGACUGUUAGUCCUGUUCCAAACGUAACCAAAUUCCGUAAGAAUGACUUGUACAGACACCGUAACUGUAAAUUGACAUUGCCAAAGAGUUGAACACGUUACGUUACAUACUGGACAAUACACGUGACAUUGGCUGUAGUAGCGGGUGUCGCCGCGGGUCCGCGAGGGCGCGAGUGUUGCUGCUUCGCUUGUAUGUGGCUGUCAUUGUUCUUCCAAAGAUAUCAAUUUUUAAAUGUUUGUUUUGUUUGAUGUUGUAGCUUAAUGUAGCGUAGAGAAAUGUAAUUAUCGUUUGAAUUGAUCAUAAUGUAUUUUUAUAAUUUCCGUUGUAAAUAAAUAGGUAUACUGUUUUAUAAACGGUACAUUCCCAGAAUGUAGACGAUUACAUUUGCUUUAAUAUUUGUAGCGUUUAUCUGAAGUAAGGUUAAAUUAAGGUUCCAAUAAUAUAUGAUGUAUAUUGUGUAGUCACUUGUAUCUUGUAAGAGGGCAAUAUACGAGGUGAUAAAUAUUAUUUAUUUUGAUAUCGAAUCGUACAGCCUGCGUUGUUAUUGGGGAAGCCUCCAAUUUUUAUCCAAGUACUCAUUUAUGUACUGCAUUAUUAUCCACGUGAACAUUUGUAAUCUCGGUAAAUUUAUCUCAAGAUAUUUACUUUGUGUAAUCUCAUAAACAUUCCCUAUUCGUGAUUAUUUUACAUUCUUAAGAGUAACUUUAAAAUAUGCUUAAUCGAUUUUUAUGAUAAGUACUUACUAAAACACUAAUUUGUAUUUCACUAAAUUACUAAACGAACACUUACUGUAACUCGGGAAACGAACGUAUUUACGAAAUAUAUUGUAUCUGUUGUUUGAUUAGUAUUGAGUAUCGAAUGUUAGGUUGUAAGAGGAGUUGUCCACUUUACGGGGAGUUCAGUUAGAACGUUUGCAAGCGAAUUAUUAUCAGUUACGUUCAAUAAUUAAAGUUGGUUGUUUUAUUUUUAAAAUCAAAGAAAGUAACUCCGUAAAGUGAUACACAUACAAUGCAAUUUUCAGAUGUAAGUUCUAUGAAACGACAUUUAUAAUGACGUAGUUACCAUGAUUUUAACUUAUUUAGGCACUGUCGGGAAUCUCUGUGCGAACAGUUUCCGUAUGUAAAAUUAACGCUAAGAUACUAAUCUUGUAAUCUCUUAGAAUUUCUACUGGUGACAUUCCUUCAUAUUAUGAUAUUAAACUUCCAUUGCGCGGGCGCAUAAAGCCGUCGCGACGAAUAGACUGUAUAGAAGUAAUAUUGUCUACUGUAUUGUUAUUUUGUGUGACUACAUAGAUUGCUACAGGCGAGCCAAUUUGUCCAGCCGAUUGGUCGAUGCAAAUUAUAUUCGAAUUUUAUUCGAUUAUAAUUAUUAGCCAUUUGACUGGGGCCUAUUGUAUCUUUCCUCAGUAGAUGGCGCAAAUGUAGGAAGUGGUUGUUUUGUCCAAUCAAAGUAGCUGUCAAAUAUUGAACGUCUAAUGGUGUUACAAUAGCUGAUUCCCUAUGGGACGAAAAUUGCAAGGGUCACAUUAUCGCCACCUAGUGAGCAAAACUACGGUAGCCCUCAUUGACUCAGGUAAAAGGUGAUUUGCAGGCUCGUCUAGAAGCAGUAAAGCCUUAUUAUUUAAUUGUAUCCCAGAUGAGUGAUUUUUACAAUUUUUUUGUUAUUUAUUGAAUGUUUUAAUUAAUAUAUUUUUAAAUGAAUUCCAGUUAUUAAUAUUAUUGGUUUUGCAAGACGUUUUGUUCUGUUGUAGUGUUAUAUCCUAGUCUUGCACUAUAAGACUGAGUUUUAUUUUCAAAUUAUACGUAUAUUAUGUGUUAUUGAUUGAUCAGUGACAUAGUAUUUCUACACUGUCUAUGCAAAACUAGAUUAUGAGUCAUAACAAAAUCAUAAUUAAUUAGGUAAACUGUAUUCUGUUGUAUUUAAGGCAAUUGUUAUUAUACAUUCGUGUGGGCUGGGUGUACGAACUACUGUUGCAUUGCAGUGCAUAAUAUACUUAAAAGAAGCUGAAAACGACAAAAUUAAAUAUAGUAAUUCUUCUAUGUUGUAAUAUUAUGCAUGUAAAGUACAUACGAAUAUUUCUUGCAACAUUUUACAAUAUGCGCAAACAAUGUUACUGUUGUAGUUGUUUGCGCAACUGGUUGCGCAAACAAGAAGUCGUCAGUUUAUAAGCAAUGUGGAAGAUGUGUGGUUUUACCUAUUUGCUUGUUCUUUUUGUGUUAGGUGGAACAAUAACUUCUUGUGACAACAGUAGUUCGUAAAUGUACGCCCAUAUUCUCGCAACGCUAUAGUUGACGUUUUAUUUUUAUAAUUAAGGUUUUUCUAAAAUGUGUUUACCUUGCUAGUUGACUUGUUACUUACGACCCAUUGGUAGCUAUCAUAGCGUUCAUGAUCAUGUAGUAAGAUCUGUCAUUCUGUCAUGCAUUAAAACAACGAAGAAAAUA